UAAUAGAAAUGUAUUGAAGUAUUUUCUAAUAAAUUUGCCUUAGUUUGUAUGUGGAAUGGUAGUUGAUGGGUUGUGAUUAAGAACAAAAGUAACACUUCAUAUGAAUGAGCCGUAUGUCCUAGAUAGAACAGUUGAAAAUUGAAUGUCGCGAUGUCAGAUCGAGUCGCAGUUUUUUCACUUGUUGCAAAUAUUCCUGAAAACUUAGUGCGCCGCCAGUGAAAAGAAAGGAGCGAAGUGAAGGGUUGUGUUGAGCGUUUUGUCCACGGAAAGGUUCUGUCUUCGCGGGGCGCAAACGAAGAUGUCUAUUCGUGCGUUCGGCACUCGGCUCUUCAGACAUGGUCAGACCUAUGUCAAACUUUUGUGCAAGCGGGACAUCAACACGAAGUGCAAUAUUGCGGAGAAAAUUAAUGUAGUGCAGCAGAGCGCGCCCCUCCAAGGGGCCUCCAACUCCAGACAGGUUAUACCGAGGGCAUUCGCUCUAAGGAACGUUGGCCUUCAAGUGGGACUCCAUGCUCGUAGGAUCCUCAUCGACAAUGUCCUCAACAGAGUCACUAACACAUUGGCCGCUGAACUAAGAAAGAAAGCUGCCAGAAGAAUUAUGUAUGGAGAUUCCGGACCAUUUUUUGCAUUGGUUGGAGUCAGCUUGGCUUCUGGUACUGGCAUACUAACUAAAGAGGAAGAGCUGGAGGGAGUUUGCUGGGAAAUAAGAGAAGCAAUUUCUAAGAUUAAAUGGAAAUAUCAGGAUAUCGAAAUCGAUGAGAAUAGAUUCGAAAACGAUCCGAUCACGGUUAAAGAUUUGUCGUUCGCUAAGCCUAUUGCUAAGGGUGCGAACGCCGUCGUGUAUUCAGCGAAGAUUGCCGAGAAGCAAGAGGAGCGGGUUGAGAUGGUGGAUGGGAGUUUUGGAUUGGUAGAGAAAAGAGCGAAAAUUGACGAUAGCAUUGACAAAUAUCCUUUGGCUGUGAAAAUGAUGUUCAACUACGAUAUUCAAUCGAACGCCAUGGCUAUUCUAAGGGCCAUGUACAAGGAAACCAUCCCCGCGAGGAUGUAUUACAGCAAUAUUGGCAUCAGCGAUUGGGAAUUGGAUCUAUCUGAGAGGAAGAAGCACUUGCCUCCACAUCCCAAUGUAGUAGCCAUGUAUUCGGUGUUCACUGAUUACGUGCCGGAGUUAAAGGGAGCCAGGGGUCUGUACCCGGCGGCUCUACCAUCCAGGAUCUAUCCAGAUGGUGAAGGCAGAAACAUGUCCUUGUUCUUAAUCAUGAAAAGAUACAACUGCAGUCUUCAAGAUUUUGUUUCCUCUUCGCCACCAGCCAUGCGCACGUCUAUCUUGCUCCUAGCCCAACUUCUGGAGGGCAUCGCUCACCUGGUGGCCCAUGGCAUCGCCCAUCGCGACCUCAAAUCCGAUAACCUUCUCCUGGACACCUCCGAGAGUCACGCCCCCAUUCUCGUGAUCACCGACUUCGGCUGUUGCCUUGCUGACAAAUCCAGCAGCUUGAGUAUCGCCUACGCCAAUCACGAGAUCGACAAGGGCGGAAAUUCCGCCCUCAUGGCUCCCGAGAUCAUUAAUCAAAGUCCAGGAACCUUCAGUGUCCUCAACUAUGCGAAAUCCGAUCUGUGGGCGGCCGGUGCAAUCGGAUACGAAAUAUUCGGUCAAGUUAAUCCAUUUUACCAGAAGAAUCUACGAAACACGGAUUACAAGGAGGAAGACCUUCCCGAUCUUCCAUCUGACGCACCGGCGCUCCUCAAAGCCUUGAUCAAGAAUAUUCUGAAGCGCAAUCCAAGCAAGAGGUUGGAUCCAGAAGUAGCCGCCAAUGUUUGCCAAUUGUACCUGUGGGCUCCGAGUUCGUGGUUGAAACCUGGUAUAUUCAAAUUACCGACGAGCGCCGAGAUAUUGCAAUGGCUUUUAUCGUUGACCACGAAAGUCUUAUGCGAGGGCCGAUUGAAUGGAGGUGGAGCCCACCAGACAGGAAGACGAACCUACACCGAGUAUUUGCUAAUCUCCAGCUUCCUGAUCAGAGCCCGUUUGGCCAACAUCAAAGCCGCCCUCAGCUGGAUCCAUUCUAAUUGAGUCGUGACUCCACCCCCUCAAUCUCUCCCCGUCCUUAUAUUAUUUUCUUUCGUUUUAAUUUAUUUAGUUGUUUAGCUCUCCAUUUGUACUUAUAAUAUAAAUAUGAUCACUUGGGUUUAGUCGGUACCUCUCCUCAUCGUAAAUCUGCAAUGUUUUAUGAGAUUGAUCGAGACUCGAUUGUGCGUGCGUGCGUUUGUAAAUACGGGAUUUGUACAAAAUUUUGUUGGAAUGAAGCGUUUUUUUUUGUAUGUAAAUAUUUACUGAUUAAUUGGAGAUUAUAUAAUUACUGUUAGAUGGCGCGGACGCGCGCAUUGCUUUAUUUCUUUGGUGGACGGUCUAUUUUUGGUUUUAGUUUCGGGAUUUUUGUCGCUCGCCGUUGGAAAUAGUGAUGAAGUUUUCGGACGGAUUUAGCCGGUCAUAAACACAACAUAAUUGGGCCGUUUGUGUGUCAGAGCUCGACAGUUACGGGCCUGUUUUGACAAUCGACACGAAAUAUGCGCCGCAUCGCAAAUCCCUCAGACCCGACCCAUCACGAUACUCUUCUCCACGGGUGGAGAAUGGAUGGUAGAGAAUCUCCUAACGGUCCACGUGUUUCGUAUAAAAAUCGAUAAUUGUCGGUGUCGCAAGAUGCAUACAUUCAUACAUACACCCUCCCCCGCUAAUGAGAGGCGACGAUCCACUCUUCGUCUCUGGAUGGGUUAUCUGGAUCCCAUAAUGGACUAUAUUUAGAUGGGGCAACUGGAAAAUGAUAUAGUGGGAGGCGCGAGCAGUUAAAGUCACUCUACCGAUUUAUACCUUCCUCGUGUGUCUCUUCUUCACGAGCUGCUGCUUUAUGAGCUUGUCUUCCCCCGGGCGUCCGAUCUCGGACCCAUCGCAGCUAGGCGCUUUCCCAAUAGAUUUACUCGGUAUUUCGCGUAUAUAACGAGUGCGACUGUGCGUGUAUUUAUAAAGAGGAGGCCGGAGUUCGGAACCGAAAAUAAAUUAAUCGCACGUAACGAUUAAUUUUCGGGGAAUUUACGGAAGAAUAAUAUUUGCAGUCGCACUCAAAGAGCGGCGGUACUUCAAACGCCCGCCUCCGCUUGCUUCGACGAUGAAUGACAUUCGCGCUGCGUUUGUCGCGCGUCUAGCAAUGGCUAAACGGCUAAACUUUAUUACCCAAUAUAUUUGAUCCAUUUAGUGGACUUUAUUGGCACAUGAAAAUAGCAAACUUUCUCUGUGUCUUUGCUUUCGAGGCACUUGAACUCCGCCCGAAUUUUGAAACAAAAUAUCAGUCACCAUCUAUAUUUACAACAAUUACCUAGAUAUAAUAAAGUCGUUCUGUAAUGCUCA